CGAACAGGCGCUGACUUUUUGACCAAAUGAGGAGUCACCUUCUAAGAGGAGCUCGAGCUCAGGUUCUUCUUCUUGGAGCUUCGACGACAUCUGGAACCCUCUCCUCCUCCGCCAUCUCAAGGCCGAGCGAAGUCCGCGUCCUUCACCGUCGCAGAGCCCUUCCUCAGUUCCACUCCCUGAGCGCCUCGGCAUUUAAGGCCGCAAGUAUGUCGAGCCAAGGAGGGAAUGCAGCUGGCGCGAGGACCAUCCACUUCUCGCUGUCGCCGGCGAGCGCUCUGGUGAUCCUUCAAGGCGACAUCACCAAGUGGUCCGUCGAUGGAUCCUCCGACGCAGUCGUUAAUCCCGCGAAUGAGAGAAUGCUUGGAGGCGGUGGUGCAGAUGGAGCCAUACACCGAGCUGCAGGACCGGAGCUUUUAGAAGCUUGUUAUAAGGUCCCAGAAGUCCGCCCAGGAAUCCGUUGCCCCACUGGUGAAGCUAGGAUCACUCCAGGAUUCAAAUUGCCUGCAUCCCAUGUUAUACACACGGUUGGCCCGAUCUACGACACCGACAAAAAUCCCCAAGAAUCCCUUAGAAGUGCCUACAAGAACAGCCUUGCCGUGGCCAAAGAGAACAACAUCCAGUACAUCGCAUUUCCGGCUAUAUCCUGCGGUGUAUAUGGAUAUCCAUAUGAUGAAGCUGCCGCGGUAGCUAUAUCUACUGUAGAGGAGUUUUCAGAUGGCUUGAAAGAGGUGCACUUUGUUCUGUUCUCGGACGAGAUUUAUGAUGCUUGGUCAAGCAAAGCAAAAGAGCUUCUUCAGAAAUAAAAUGGAUAACUCAUCAUGGACCGAUUGGCCGUGUAUUGAAGAAGAGGAGCUCCUCGUGCUCCGUUUCAAUGAAUGCAGAACUAGUGAAUAAUCAUGGAUUCGCAAUUGAUGGAGCUGUGUAAAUUAAAGCUAAAGCAGAUCGAAUCCGAGCAGUGCGUGUUGUGAUCUUGUGGAACAGGUCAUCUUAUGUUUGCAGAUCCAUGUCCUAUCGACUUGCUCUUGAUGAUGACGAUGUAAUUCGGUCUAUUUGGAUCCUGCGAUUAGAAUCUUUCAACUAUGUUCUCAUCUCCAAGAACCUAGAACUGCUAGUUUGAACAAUGCCAUCAUAUCGAGCGAGUCCUACUCGAAUUGUCC